AUGAAUCCCUACAUUUUCGGCGUCAUCCUCCCCGUUCUCGCCACUCUCCUCUUCCGCUCCAACCACCCCAAACGCCGCGGAGUUCCCACCGACACCACCGAUCCCGGCGUAACCGUCAGAAACAAGCGCUUCGAUUCGCCGGUGGAGACGGCAUGGGAGGGAGUGAGCACGCUGGCGGAGCUGUUCGAGGAAGCGUGCAGGAAGUACGGGGAGGGACUGUUGCUAGGAACUCGGUUGCUUGUAUCGAGGGAAAUGGAAACGAGUAGCGACGGGAGACAGUUCGAGAAGGUUGAAUUGGGAGGUUAUGAGUGGCUCUCGUAUGCGGAGGUGUUUGAAGCGGUUUCUAGCUUUGGGAGUGGAUUGGCUGCGUUGGGACAUGGGAGGGAACACCGUGCGGCUAUUUUUGCUGAUACAAGGGAAGAGUGGUUCAUUGCUCUACAGGGUUGUUUCAGGCGAAAUGUGACAGUUGUAACUAUGUACGCAUCAUUGGGAGAGGAAGCUUUAUGUCACUCCCUAAAUGAGACAGAGGCUACAACAGUAAUUUGUGGGAAGAAAGAAUUGAAAACACUUGUAAAUAUUAGUGGACAACUUGACUCAGUGAAACGUUUGAUAUGCUUGGAUGAUGAUAUCCCAUCUGAUGCCUCAUCUGUUGGACAUGGCUGGACAAUCAUAUCUUUUGCAGAUGUUAAGAGACUUGGUAAAGAAAACCCUGUUGAUGCUGAUUUACCUCUCCCACCAGAUGUUGCAGUUAUUAUGUAUACAAGUGGAAGUACCGGAUUACCUAAGGGUGUGAUGAUGACACAUGGCAAUGUUUUAGCUACCGUCUCUGCUGUGAAGACAAUUGUUCCCAAACUUGGGAAAAAGGAUAUAUAUCUAGCAUACUUGCCAAUGGCUCAUAUCCUUGAACUAGCAGCAGAGAAUUUAAUGGCAGCUGUUGGGGCUGCUAUAGGAUAUGGGUCUCCUUUGACCCUAACAGAUACAUCAAGCAAGAUAAAGAAAGGAACAAAGGGAGAUGCUACAGUGUUGAUGCCAACUUUAAUGGCGGCUGUACCUGCAAUUCUUGACCGUGUUCGCGAUGGAGUGUUCAAGAAGGUAAAUGCAACAGGAGGAUUACCUAAGAAGUUGUUUUAUUUAUCCUAUGAGAGGAGGUUGCAAGCUAUUAAUGGGAGCUGGUUUGGAGCUUGGGGCUUGGAAAAGGUUCUCUGGAAUUUUCUUGUGUUUAAAAAGGUCCGAGCAAUUCUAGGCGGCCGUAUCCGUUUUAUACUGUCUGGUGGUGCUCCCCUUUCUGGUGAUACUCAGCAGUUCAUCAAUAUCUGCCUUGGUGCUCCAAUAGGUCAAGGAUAUGGUCUUACAGAGACUUGUGCUGGUGGGACAUUCUCUGAUUUUGAUGAUACAUCUGUUGGCCGUGUCGGACCACCUCUUCCUUGCUCAUACAUUAAGCUUAUCGACUGGCCUGAAGGUGGGUAUUUGACUAAUGACUCACCAAUGCCCCGGGGUGAAAUUGUAAUCGGCGGUCCAAAUGUCACUCUUGGGUACUUCAAGAAUGAAGAGAAGACAAAAGAAUCAUACAAGGUUGAUGAAAGAGGAAUGAGAUGGUUCUACACCGGUGACAUAGGGAGGUUUCAUCUAGAUGGUUGUCUUGAGAUCAUUGAUCGUAAAAAGGACAUUGUUAAACUGCAGCAUGGAGAGUAUGUCUCUUUGGGAAAGGUUGAGGCAGCUCUUAUUGUCAGCCCCUAUGUGGACAAUAUUAUGUUGCAUGCUGAUCCUUUCCAUAGUUAUUGUGUGGCACUUGUUGUGGCUUCUCAGUCCACAUUGGAAGAAUGGGCUUCAAAGGAAGGAAUUCCUUAUUCUGGCUUUUCAGAACUGUGCUCUAAAGAAGAAAGCUUGAAAGAGGUGCACGCGUCACUAGUGAAGGAGGCAAAGAAGGCUGGUUUGCAAAAACUUGAGAUUCCUGCAAAAUUAAAAUUGCUUUCUGAUCCAUGGACACCUGAGUCUGGCCUAGUCACUGCUGCUCUCAAGCUCAAAAGAGAGGCCGUCAGAAAGACUUUUCAGGAAGAACUUCUCAAGUUAUACUCUUCAUAG